AUGAUGAGGUGGCUGCCUGGACCUCACCAAAAAAUAUUCACUCUGACCCAAAAGAUAAUUGACUUUGUAGAAGUCAAGAUCAAAGAACACAGAGAAAACCUCAACCCAUCAUCACCAAGAGACUACAUUGAUGCUUUUCUCAUAGAAAUGGGGGAGAAGGAAGACAAAGAUUCUGGUUUUAGUCUCAGCAAUUUGUGUUUUUGCACCCUGGACUUGUUUGGUGCUGGAACUGAAACCACUACAACUACAUUACACUGGGGACUGCUAUACAUGAUCUACUACCCUGACAUUCAAGAGAAAGUCCAGGCUGAGAUCGAUGCUGUGAUUGGUUCAUCCAGACAGCCAUCUAUGACUGACAGAGAAAACAUGCCCUAUACUGAUGCGGUCAUCCAUGAGAUCCAGAGAAUGGGCAACAUCAUUCCCCUCAACGUGGCCCAUGUUACAAACAAGGAUGCAAUAGUGGAUAAGUACACAAUCCCAAAGGGUACAAUGGUCAUACCUGUUCUAAAUUCGGUCUUAAAUGACGAGACAAUGUGGGAAACUCCAAAUUCCUUCACCCCUCAACACUUUCUCAACCAGGAUGGUAAAUUCAGGAGGAGAGAGGCCUUCCUUCCUUUUUCUGCAGGCAAGCGUGUGUGUCUCGGGGAACAGCUGGCCCGGAUGGAGUUAUUCCUGUUUUUUACCUCCCUCCUUCAGAGGUUUUCAUUCUCUGCACCUGCUGGAGAGCAGCCCAGUCUGGAGUUUAAGUUAGGAGCCACUCGCAGUCCCAAACCUUACCGCCUCUGUGCCGUGCCACGUUAAACCACCAGUUCUUGUAAUCUGAGCACAUAUUUUUGACAGCACAAUGAAUCCCCUACGAAUCACUGUCUUCCAUUUAUUACAUUUAUGUUGUAAUGAAUGAUGAUCUGCUAUAUUACUAUUUCUUUAGAUUAAGGUGAAUUGUUAUUUUUCAUCCUCUCCAUAUUAAAAUAUGCAGUAAAUACAUUCUCUUUCAACUUUCUUAAAGUCCUUUCAAGUGCACAUUAAAUUUAUCAGACCUACCA